AUGUCAAGAGUGCCCACCUGGGCACCCAGCACGUGUCCAAAUUACCCACCACAGGCACCAGGGCACGUGUCCCAAGUACCCACUAUAGGCACCAGGGCGUGUCAGAGUCCCCUCACAGGCACCCCAGCACGUGUCAAGAGUCCCCACCACAGGCACCCCCAGCACGUGUCAAGACUACCCUCACAGGCACCCCAGCACGUGUGUCCAAGAGUGCCACCACAGGCACCCAGCACGUGUCCAAGAGUACCCUACAAGCACCCCAUCACGUCCAGAGCACCCCUACAGGCAAGCCCAGCACGUGUCCAAAAGGUACCCACCACAGGCACCACAGCACGUGUCAAGAGUACCCCACCACAGGCACCAGGGCAUGUCCAAGAGUACCCACCACCUGGCUUUAGCACGCGUCCAAAGGUACACCACAGGCACCAGGGCACGUGUCCAGAGUACCCACAGACACCAGAACACAUGUCAAGAGUACCUACAAGCGCAGGGCACGUGUCAAGAAUUACCCUACAGGCACCCCAGCACGUGUCAGAAUUACCCACCACAGGCACCAGGGCACGUGUCCAAGUACCACCACAGGCACAGAGACACAUGUCCGUGCCACACCACAGGCACCCCAGCGUCCAAAGUCCCCCUACAGGCACCCCAGCACGUGGUCCAGACUACCCUACAGGCACCCAGCACGUGUCCAGGUACCCCACCACAGGCACUCCAGCACGUGUCAAGAAUCCCUACAGGCACCCCAGCACGUGUCCAAGAGUGCCACCACAGGCAACCCAGCACGUGUCCAAGAGUGCCUACAGGCACCCCCAGCACGUGUCUGGGUACCCACCUGGGCACCCCCAGCACGUGUCCAAGAGUGCCCCACCACAGGCACCCCCAGCACGUGUCCAGGUACCCACCACAGGCACCAGGGCUUUAUGUCAGAGUGCCACCACAGGCACCCAGGGGCACAUGUCCAAAAUUGCCACCACAGGCACCUAG